CAAAUAAACAAGUAAAAUAAAACUUAAGCGAAAAGCAAAAUCGAGUUUUGACACAACCUGUUAACCUUGCCCACGAGAAAUGACCGAACAAAAGAAAUUCAUUCUAAACCAAUAACAUUCGUUUGUCCUCUAAAGUAAUCGCUCGAGCGAAACCAAAGACAAAAAUGAUGUCCUCAAGGCAAAAUUUUCGGAACAGAGAUGUUUCAAUCUCCUUGGGCGUUUUAUUUUACAACAACCUUGGAUCGGCGAUCCUCAAGAAAUCCCUAGUAUCGAGGUGGCCUAAAUACUUCUGUGCAAAGAAAAAAGUGAAGGAACAUGUGAAUGCUUGUCAUAAGCAACUGAAUCCUCGUAAUAACAGUCUAGAGAUGCAAAGUUCGUCCUUCCUGCAUCCUCACGCUACGAUCGCAAGAGAGAUGUGUGUAGUGCGCGAAAUUGACGACGCCAACUGGUUCGAUGAAACCAAUGUGGAUAUCGAAGAAUUAAGUACUGUGCCUACAACUACAACUGAAGAUGCUUAUCUAGUGGUUGCCAUGGAAGAAAGUCUUGUUAAUCUGUGGUCCAAGGAUACUCUACUUUAAUAUUUUUUUCGCAUACCUUUCUUUAUUAU